AUGGCACCGAUGAAUGUGAUACAGGCGGAGAACAGCAGGGAUGAGGACCAUGAUAUACAUGAAGACGUAAUCGACGUCGAAGAGGAUGAGGAAGAAAAUGUGUCCGAGCUUGAUCCUUCACAGAAAGAGUACCUAGAGUACCAACGUAGGCUUGAUGAUUUUCUGUCGCCUUUGGUCCUUGACGAAGCAGUCCUCUACAGACUUGCGCGUCGCUUCUCGAGCACAUACCGCCACCUAGCAUUACACUCUGACCAGCAGUUUUUGCCCACUCCCGUCACUAGACUGCCCACGGGUCUUGAGACCGGUCGUUAUCUGGCUAUUGAUGUUGGAGGAAGCAAUCUGCGAGUCGCAUUCAUUGAACUGUUGGGGGAAGCGGCCGACUCCUAUAUCCGUUCAACAGACGCAUCGGAAAGAUCAAGGGAUACCCUUCGAAAGGCGCAGAGACAACGAGUCAAACGGACACUAGAGAAAGCAUGGCCCAUACAGGAACAUUUGAAGAUGGAUAAGGCGGAGGACCUCUUCGCAUGGAUUGGGGACUGUAUAGCGGAAGUGGUCGCCGAAAGCUUGACAUCGGACGCCACGAAGGGCAACAUUCCCCAAGAAUUAGACAUGGGAAUUACGUUCAGUUUUCCUAUCAUGCAAGAAUCGCUCGCGGAAGCCACGUUGAUGCCGAUGGGCAAAGGGUUCGCUAUCACCUCGGAUCUCAAUCUUCGCAACAUCCUGCUUCAUGGUUACGAGAAGCACACCAGACGUCCUGACGAGGACGAGCCCUCGAGCAAGCGCCGGAAACUCUUUGCACUACCUAAACUGAAGAUCGCCGCUAUCACAAAUGAUGCCGUCGCUACGCUUGCAUCUCUAGCUUACUCCGUCAAGUCCCUGCCCAACAGUCGUGUCGCAAUGGGUAUCAUUGUAGGCACGGGCUGCAACGCCACUAUUCCCAUGAAGCUUGAGUCUCUACAUGAAUCUAAAGCGGAACAUGUCAAGUCAAAGAACCCGGAAGCAAAAGAAACAAUUGUCAACACUGAAUGGACCAUUUCGGGCGCCGCCCCUCCUUUGAAAGAGCUCAAUAUCAUAACCAAGUGGGACGAAGAGCUAGACAAAGCAUGUGCACGUCCUGGGUUUCAGCCCUUCGAGUACAUGACCGGCGGACGGUACAUCGGAGAACUUAUUCGGCUGAUACUCUUUGACUACCUUACGAACAUUGUUGGACUGGAGAAGAAACAGCUUCCCGCAACGCUCGUCCAGGAAUAUGCCCUGACCACAUCGUACGUCUCAGACAAAGUCGCUCGCCCACAACGUGACGAAGAUCUCGCUGCGGAACUGAACCAAUCGUUACCUCCACCCGAGAGUAGCGAAUGGUGCUGGGAUGCUUUGACUGCGGGCGCUUUUCGGAAGAUCGCUCGAGUUGUACAGAGUCGAUCUGCUGGGUUAAUAGCUGCGGCAGUGGUUGGAUUACUCGCCUGCGCAGAAGAGAUUGAGUUGAAGGUGGAUAGCAAUGAGAACUCACCGCAAAGUUCAACUGCCGCAUCGCCUCAGCGCAACGGUAGCGCUAAACUGCAGGCCAUUUUGAACGAGACUACAUCCUCGUCCUUGGAGGCAGGCGCUGCUAGGAAUGGUCAAAGGCCGAUUGUUCCAGUUCUACUGCCUACACAGACACCUGCAGAUUGGCAGUCGGGCCCUGAAGAGCUUGUUGUUGCUUACACUGGCGGGAUAAUCCAACACUAUCCCAAUUUCAAGGAGACGUGUCAGCAAUACAUUGAUCGACUGAUCAUGAGAACGGGUCCCCAGAAGAGCGGUAAAUCAGUAUUUCUGCGAGAAGCUUCAGAUGGAGGAGUCAUCGGUGCUGGCGUGCUUGCUGGAAUGGUGAACAACGGUUAG